UCUAUGGUGGUCUUUGUGAUGCAUUUUCUAGUGAUAGCAGCAGCUGCUGCAUUGAGCCUGCUUUCAUCAGCGAGGCACACGCUCGCUCACACACACCCAGGGGCCGGGGCGGCUGAGCUCCCCAGCCGCGCCUCACUCCUCCUGGGCUCUGCAGGGACCUGGGACCCAGCCUCUGUCCUCGCGGCUGCCUCCCCCUGAGCACCGGGCUGGCGAGCGAUUUCUGCCAGCCGAUGAAGUGAUUUAUGAGCAAUACACAGCCCCGGUUCCUGCCAUAGAGGUCACUGAAGCAUCAGAAAUCAAGGUAAAGACCAUCAUCUCUUGUUGUUCCGAGCAGACCCAACGGGGAGGCCAGCGAUGGAGGAGGUUACAACCUUAGCGAGGAGGUUGCGAUGUUUACUAGCGGGAGCUCACAGACAGUCUAGGCCCAGCCCCUCUCAGCAGGAUGUAAGAGCACCAGUUUAAGUCUAAUUCCCCGAGCAGGCACUGGAUGGGCACGGGGCUAGCACUUCAGUUUCAACAGGAGGCACUGUACCGAGUGGGUGAAAAGGGGAAUAGCCAGCUACCCUAGCUAUAGCUGGAGUCACUGAAGGAAGUUACGCAGGAGGACAGCUUCCAGCCCCGACUCCUGCCAGCAUCAGCCAGAUAGUUAAUGGCAGAGGAGCUCUGCUAGCCGGGGUCCUGGUGCCCCCCGCCCUCCCGAUGGAGUCAUUUUUACAGGCACAGAGUAUAGUCACCCAGGCUGUCCUAGGCCUCUGCUCAAUGUCUGUUACCAAGUUAGCCCUAGCAACUAGGGCCUUGGUACCCUGGAGUUGGGCUCCUUGACCCCUGGAGUUGAUACUGCCCCUGCCCUAGCCAUCCUCUGGGGGACAAUCAGUGAUAGCAAUAGACUGGAGGAGAAGAUUGAGAGACCCCUGGCUGUGAGGGGGCUAGUGUAUCUUAAAAUUGCAAUUGAGAGAGGAUGAGGGGUCCUUGAUGGGCUGCAGCAAGCGGACAGCACGUUAGGAGAGCAGCAGAUGGAGGUUUCAGGUCACAGCGUUCCACUCCAGCACAAGGAUUCUUACGCUGUGUUUCUGGACUGCAAAGCAAACCUGUGCUGGACUGACAGCAGGGACCCCAGCACCGAGCUCUGACCUCGAUGGCAGGUCAGACUGGGUGGAAGCAUCAUGGUCGUUCAUGAAGGUGGUGGAGUCUCAUGGUGGGACAGACAAGGAGCAAGACUGCCCAGGGGGUAGGGGCACUGGACGGGGAGUCGGGAAAUGCGGCUUCCAUUCCUGCUCUGCCACUGACUCACUGUGCAAUGCUGGGCAAGUCACUUCACCGCUCAGGUUCCCCCUCUGCUUAAUGGGAAUAACGAGACUUCAUGAUGAUUGUGAACUGCCCGGAGCUGAACAGCUGAAGCAUGCCAGGCCUUAGCCCAGACCUCUCAAGUAGCAGUAUGUAAACCCAAGGGGCGCAUGCAAACUGGUGCUCAGGGAGACCUGUUCCCAUUCGUUUGUGGAACUGUCCCAUGCAGCUUCACAGGGACUGGUUUGCCUGCAGCUCCGUUUAAGGAAGUGUAAGGGUCAUGGUGUUAUGGGGACGGGUGUUUUCCCAUCCCAGUGCCCUCAGUGGCAGACAGAUGCUAGGUGGGCCCGAUAAGAGCUCCUGCCUUCUGACCCCAGCCAGUCAGGGGAACAGGUUCUCAGUGCAGCUGAAGGGGCUCCAAGAAAUAGCAGCAGCAAGUGUUAGGGAAGUCAGGGGGCCUCUGCCGUUCUGCUGGGCUAGGAGGAAGUCCUGAGAGGCAGAAUAGCUCGGGUGGAGGGGAAGAUGCGAGAGGCUCACACAGGAAAUUCGAGGCACGGAACAAGCUCUCCGCUUCCCCUCCGGCCUCAAAAAUAGAAAAAACAGAAGUGGCGGGGAGAGCAGUCGCGUUUCCGCGUCCUCACGCAGACACCCAGCGGGAGAGGGACGCAGGUGGAGCAGAGGGCUGUGCUGCGGACAGUAGCAUGCCCAGCUUUCACCGCCGCUCACCUGCUCUUGCAUCCCAAAGUCCAUAGCCAGGUGGGGAGGCAGAGGGAGACUCCCCUGUAUUUGCAGAGCCGAUACCAGCUGUAUCUGGCGCAAGCAGGUAAGUCGGCCCAGGCUUGGUAGUGUCACCCUCUGGUAAGAGGGGAUGACUGCGAGGGAGCCUUUGGCCAGGGGCUCUCCGCCGGGCGUGGGCCGUCUGAGAGGUGCAGGAGGGUGGAUGGCUCUGGGCCAGGUGGGAGGAGGAGCGCCGUGCUCCGGGCGGUGGCAUGCUGGAGCUCUCAGUGCUUGUGCUGUUCCAUUCUGUUCUUUCUCUCGCUCAGGUCUGCUGGCCAUGGGCAACCUGAUAAAGGUAUUGGGCAAAGAUUUAGAAAACUGUCCUCAUUUUUUCCUGGAUUUUGAAAAUGCUCAGCCCACCGAAGCCGAGACAGCUGUGUGGAACCAGGUCAAUGCCGUGCUAGAGGAAGCACAGACAAUCCUGGCUGAACUGCAGUCCUACACGGGGGCUGGGCUGGAGAUUAGAGAGGCAAUCCAAAAUCCCAACGACCUCCAGCUCCAGGAGAAGGCCUGGAACGCCGUGUGCCCUCUAGUGGCAAAGCUGAAACGCUUCUAUGAGUUCUCUCUUCGACUGGAGAAUGCUUUGCGCAGCUUGCUGGAAGCUCUGACUAGCCCGCCCUAUGCGCCGACUCAGCACCUUGAGAGAGAACAAGCCCUAGCAAAGCAGUUUGCAGAAAUCCUACACUUCACCCUCAGCUUCGACGAGUUCAAGAUGACCAACCCUGCCAUCCAGAACGAUUUUAGCUACUACAGAAGAACCCUCAGCCGAAAUCGCAUUAACAAUUUACAGCUGGAGGCCGAGAGUGACGUUAACAAUGAAAUGGCCAACAGGAUGUCUCUCUUCUACGCAGAGGCCACGCCUAUGCUUAAAACUCUAAGCAACGCCACAACCAAGUUUGUUUCAGAGAACAAGACACUCCCCAUUGAGGACACAACUGACUGUCUGAGCACCAUGGCCUGUGUCUGCAGGGUGAUGCUGGAGACCCCGGAAUACAGGAGCCGGUUUACCAACACCGAGACUCUUCUCUUCUGCAUGCGAGUGAUGGUUGGAGUCAUUAUCCUCUACGAUCACGUUCACCCCGUAGGGGCUUUCGCAAAGACCUCCAAAAUUGACAUGAAAGGAUGCAUCAAAGUCUUGAAAGAUCAGCCUUCAACCAGCACAGAGGGGCUCCUGAACGCACUGAGGUACACCACCCGGCACCUCAACGACGACACCACGUCCAAGCAGAUCCGGGCCCUGCUGCAGUGAGCGCCUCGAGAGCGGUGGGGUGGGGGGGGAUCUGUCCAGCUGAGGCCUGGAGGCUUAACUUAGAACUGUCAGCAGAAAAUUUUAAAUGUUGCCAUGUUGCUAUAAAUAACCAUGAUCAUAUUCCUCAUUUUGUAAAGAAAGGGAAAAAAGUUUUUAAAAAAUAAAAAUGCAGAAAUACAAGAACAAACUAAGCAGCCCACAAAUCCGCCCUCCCCAACCCCCCCCCCCCCCCCCCCCCCGCCUCCCUCCAAAGAAAAUCAGUGUCCAACUCUGGCAAGCUGCGUGCCACCCACUCCGUGCGUCUCCGUUCCGUUUCCCACCCCCAGCACCCCCUCAGUGGCGACGUGACAUGCCCAGUUCUUAGCCUGCCUGAGCUUGGAGUGGGGGCUCGGGGAUGGAAGCCCGGGAGCAGGGGGGGCGUCCCAUGGUUCCCACAGGGGUACAGUGUAGGGUCACUUUAUCUGGACUACGCCCCCCCAAGUGCGAAGGGAGGGGUCCACAGCGCGGCCGGCAGGAAGCUGCCUCUCCUGACAGAUGUAAAUAAUGUGCGCGAAUCACUCCAAGGGUCCGGCUGUGACGACGACGACGAUGAAGAAGAAGAAGAAAAAGACAUCAUCUUGAAACCCUCCCGCACUGAGUCCAUUGAAAAUAGCUCAGUGCACCUCUUAGAUUUUUAAUAUAAAACAAUUAAAAGCCACUCACCUGUUAUUUUGUACAUUUUUGUGUGAAAUAAAAUAACAUUUAAUCUGUU